CUUCUAUGUAAUAAAAGCUUAUACUCCAGGAGUUCGUAGGAAGGAUCAAAUCCAAAUCCAAGUUUCCGACGAUGAUAAAUCUGUCGUUAUUCUCGCGGAAAAUCAAACGGACAAUUCCGAGUUUACGGAAAUUAAGAAUAAUCUUUCCAAUAAAUUCGAAAUCAACGUUGUUCUACCAAAAACGUAA